AUGUCACCCGAUAUUGAGGAAGUUCAAGAGGAGGUGUAUAACAUCACCCAGAGCGCGGACCUCUUCCCAACUGAGUUCCUCGCGGCAAGGUGCUCAGCCAUCUAUCUCGAGCUACUGGACCCAAACCGCCACCGCACAGCCGAAACCGGAGAGUUCCCCCUGAACCACGCGUCCCUGAAAAUCGACUUUGAAGAGCCCGUCUCGGGAUACAGAGGUCUGUGCCUUGAUGUCCAGCUCGCUGAGGACGAGCCAUCACACGACGGCGAGCACAACCCCAGGGGAGUGGUCUGCAUCAAACUAGUGAGGUGGACUCACCGAUCACCGAGCUCAUUGCGUACGUUGAGGAUCCGUUCCAAGGAUGGCCUCCUUUUCGGGGAAAUUUUCAACCUUAUUGUGAAUAAGAGAAUGAUCUACUUUUCUUUCAUCUCCGAUGAUCGCCAAUUCUUCGGUUGCCGAGACUUCAUAGCGCAAGUCAUCUCCGUACUUGAGAGCGAGGGUCUUGUCGAGAGCAAGUUGGACCGAAAUGAGACCAAAGACAUGCUCAACAGUAUUUCGACGGUAUACGACGUUCUAGGGCGGCGUUUCGGGCAGGGAUAUGACAAAUGGUGCCCUAUAUACAAGGGGGAGUUUUUGCUCUACACGCAUAUCAAUUUGGACAAAAUCGAAUAUAGUCGAGUCCCAGAUUUCGAGUCAUAG